AUGUCGAACGCCACCUACCGGUUCGAACUAGCCAAGACCGGCCGUGCAAACUGCCAAAACUCUGCAUGCAAGGCUGCAGGUCUGAAGAUCGAGAAAGGGGAAUUGAGAUUUGGCACCCUGGUGAGCUUUCAGGACCACUUCACGUGGAAGUGGAAGCACUGGGGAUGUGUUACUCCUGCUCAGAUCAAAAACAUCCAAGAGCAGGUGGGGCCACUAGAGGGCCUUGAUCUCGACGAUGAUCUUCCCAGAAUCCUGGAUGGCUACGAUGAACUUUCUCCAGAGGCAUGUGAAAAGGUCAAAUUUGCGCUGCUUCACGGCCACGUUGCGGAUGAGGACUGGAAGGGAGAACCGGAGCUGAAUCGGCCUGGACAGAAGGGCAUCAACAAACGUACCCCAAAGAAGAAGAAGGAUGCCGAGCAAGAUGACGCAGCAGCAGCAAACGAAGAUGGCACUCCGAGCAAGCCGAAAGCGAGGAAGAGCCGAGCAAAGAAGGUCAAGACGGAACCCGAAGAUGACGAAGACGAUCUAGCUCUCUCGCCGCCGCCAAAGAUGAAAAGUAAAGGCCGCAAAGUGAAGGCUGAAGAUGAUGAAGAAGGACUUGCCUCGCCUCCACCUGUCAAGAAGCCCAGAGGCCGAAAGCGGAAGACUCCCGACAAGGGUGAAGAGGAAGCGGAGGAGGCGAAACCGACGAGAAAACCACGCGCCAAGAAGGUCAAAACAGAGGAGCAAGAUACAGUCAUUGAAGACCUCAUCAGCGCCCAACACGGGAACUCAGAUGAUGCUCCAGCCCCUAAAUCUGAGGCGAAGGGAAAGAAAACAAGAGCGAAAAAGGUCAAGCGUGAGAGCUUAGACGAAGACGAUGCCCCUGUGACGUCGAAAGCCAAGACAGCGAAGUCCAAGAAAGCAAAGAAAGUCAAGGCAGAGAUUGAGGAAGACGCCAACCCAGAUGCUGACGAGGCAUAUGAGGUCUCGGCACCUGAAUUGUCGCCCACCGCUGCCGACGAGGAUGACGAGGAUGCGGAGGAGCCAGAAGUGAAACCAAAGAAGAAGAGCACGAAGGCAGCCCCUGGCAAGUCCAGAGCAAAACGCAAGGCUACAUAA